CACGUGUUAUCCGAUAAGUGUUGCAUCGAGCUCUACCGGGAAUUCCGGUGAUCGCCUUCUUCUUUGGAGGAGCGCAGUGCGUUUCUCGCCUUGCCUCACCCCUGACAACAGCGCGUGGUACACGUCGACGCGGUAUGGGAAUAGUUGCCUGUUAUUAUUAACCUAUGGUAGCUCCGUUUAUGUGCGCUUGGUGCCUAGGAGAAUGAGGGCUCGAAACCCCGUGAACCAUUUUCUCGACUAACUCAGCUUGCCUUCCACUUUUAUUAACCACGUCCUCUAUCGUCCCGUACUCAUCGAGUCGGCCUACUCUAGCUUCCCAUGCCCAACACGCCUUUCUCUGCCCCCAAGAUCCAAUAAGGUCCUCGGUCAACGAGGCCGGAAUCCAUCCCAGCCUUUCGGAUAUAUCGUCUCUCCUGCUCUGUCGGCAGCAUGCCGAGAGAGACGAAAAAAAGGGCGAAGCUGCCCCCGGAGCCCAUCGACAAGGACCCCCGCGUUAUCGCCUUCAAGAGGACGGCUCGGGAGAUGGCAGCCGACCGUCACAAGCGAAAAGAGCAAUACCGCAUCAUCAAGCGGCUCGUGUACGAAGAAUAUGGACGCGAUGCUCCUCACAACGGUGGCCCGACGAAGACAUCCACCACGGCUUCCGGCUUCGGCGGGCUUCAGCAGAGCACAUCUAUUACAGCCACCGAGCAACUUGCUACAGCUCCCUCCUCCAACUCCUCCUCCUCUGUCUCGCCCUGUUCAAUGAAUCUACCACGUCGUGUAAUCGUCGACUGGGAGCAGCUAGCAUACUUUCGCGGACGCCCCGGUGCCGCUGGCAUCACGCUGCGGACGAUGCUCAGCAUCGCCGUCGACGCGUACCGUGUCGCGGGCGCGCCGCGCGACCUCUCGGCGAUGACCCUCGCGGAGCACGUCCAGCACGUCGAGGCCGCCCGUGCUGGCGCGCGCGCGCCUGGAGCCGACGGGGAGGGCGCCCCGGCCCCCCGUCGCAUGUGCGACGUCAUCGUCACCCGCCCUCUGUUGUUGGCCGCGCUCGCGCAGCGCCACCGCGCCCGUCAUGACUUCCUUGCCUGGCUCGCUACCUACGUCGCGUUCCCGAACCUGCCGCGUGCCGUCCGCGAGACCUUCCGCCGGUGCCGCAACUGCAGCGACUGGUUUUGGCCGCGGGGCGCGGGCGAGGGCCCAUGUGUGGCGGGCGGGUUGUGUAGCUGGCACCGUCCGUGCCGAUUCCAUCCCGGCUAUGUUCUUUGUAACGGCGACCAGGUCAACUCGAUUACAGAGGCCUUCGCGCGGUGGGAGGUCAAGCUCUCCGAUUUCAACAUGUGGGCCCAGAACCUCGACUGCUACUGGUCUUGCUGCGGCGCGCGGCUGGUCGAGGAAACCGGCGAGGAAGACGUCGAGAGGGCGGAUGACGGGAGCCCUGGGUGUGUUAUCCAGCAGCACGAGGAGUCCUAACGCUGCGUAUGUACUUGGCUGUGAUAAAGAAGCAUCUCGGUAAGCGGUGCGGUAUUUGUACUGAGAAUACUCAGGUAUGAACGUUGGCUCGUAGGGUUCCCGAAUAUUACCGUAUUAAUUCUGUAA